AUUUGGACUUUUGCAACACCUUCUGACCUCAUUUCCCCAAAUUUUGUCCCUUCCAACAUCCAACAAAGAGAAACCCCGCAUUUUCAAAUUAAGCUGUCUUCUGUGCUUCAGUCCAUUCUCCUGGUAUCUUUCUCCGGCGUAUCUCCGAGCAAUCAGUUCCUCAGACGGAAAUCUAGCUUUAAAGGAGACUGGUGUGGAUUCCAUAAUAUCGGGUAGAUAAAUAUGAGUAUAAAACCAACAGUUGCAUUGAGAGCCAUUCUUGUCGGAGGAAUAGCUGCCUUUGCAAAAAUUGGUGGUGCUGUUAAAGCUGCAGGAGGUGUAAAAUUAGGUGCAGCUGCUGCUGCCAUGACUGCUGCAGCAACAGCAGCCGUAUCAGGAUCCAAAAAGGAAGAAAAGAAGGAUGGUUCUCAGCAGUUGUCGUCCAAGUGAUGCACACAGCUCAUGUAUUAUUUUUUCCCCCCUUAAUGUAACGUAUAAACUGUCAAAAUAAAAGUUGUAGGAUGGUGGACUAUGCCAGUCAAACGGUUUCCCAAGAUGAUCUUUAAUAGCUGAGAUAUAUAGGUCCUUACAACUGCGGAACUCGUUAGUUCUGUACUAAUGGAAGUAGGAAUUUGUUGAAGUGAAAAGGCAUCACUCAGAGCCUGUGCUAGAUGCAGUUUGUCUGCCCUCUGGUAUCCGAGGUAUGUAAUUGUUUUUGUACCAGUAAAGGAUGUCCUGCUGCUUCUGUGCUACUUUAAAAGCAAAAUAUAUGUUUUUGUAAGGUUUUAAUUUAAAACAUGGGAUUUUUCAAUAAACCCAGUUUGAAUUUCUUGA